CUAUUAAUUGAAUUUUUAAAAUUCCACCAGCUGUCAUGGUGGGAUUUUUAACCCCUGUCCCCAUUAGCCUGGGCUUUUCAAUUGCUAUUUCAGUGACAUUAUCACGCUGCUACCACCAUACCUUCCCCCUGACCCCAAAUUGGCUGUAAAAUAUUUGACAAACUGAUGAAAGGUACUGUUCAAUAAAUGUAAGUUUCUUUUUGAGCACAGUAUUGACUGAUGACACUCCUGUCCAAUACUGAGAGGGUGCUGCAGCAUCAUAGGUGCUGUCUUCAGCUGUGACGUGAUCUUGGCACUACCUGCCUGUUCAAGUGAAUAUUAGAGGGCCAUGGCACUAUUUGAAGAGGAGUUCUCCUGAUGUCCUGGACAACAUUCCUCCCUACAUACUUGAAGAAACAUUAGGUGGUAAUUUAACUCUGCUGUUUCAAGGAGUCUGCUGGUGGGCAUGCUUUGAUUUAUUUCAGGUAAUCCAUUGAAGGUAUUUGAGGAUAUUUUGAAAAGCACUAAUUGAGUGUUACUGUAAUAAGAUAGACUACCUUUUUGUGUUUAACUUUUCUGUAGUGGAAGUCCUCCGGUAUAUUGCUGCUCUUCCAUCCAGGUGUGCCAGUGUCCUCUUCACUUCUCCCUUCUUUCUUUCCCUCUUCUAAGGUGUGGGAGGUAGAUUCAAAUCUCAACUCUAUUCCAUCUAUGUGCAUGCAUUUUAAGCAGUGUCCCUAGUGAUCAUGCUGGCUAAUUUGAGUUUGAACUUCCCUUCUCUGUAGGGCACAGAAUCAUACCAAACUCUGCAUUUAUCUUUUUGGGACAGUUUAAAUUAGUGUUUGUUAAAGGUAUGAUAGUGGUUUAACUCGUUAAAUAAAAAGUAAGAUAUAUAAUCUGCCCUAAUUAUAGUGUUGGAUCUUAAUGCAAUUCCAGAGACCUAGCUGAUCACUUUUCUUGGACAUGAUGGUUUCUACACUUUUUCUGGGCCAAGGAAAUGGGAGUCAGUCACGCAGGAUGGUCCUUGCACACCAUUGUGAAUGGGCAAAUUCAUGAAGAGAGAUGUUGACACAAUCUGAAUCUUAUAGACCUACGACCUAUAUCAGAUGAAAGAAUGCAACCUUGUUUGGACAUGUACAGUUACAGCUUACAACACUUCUUGCCAGAUGGAUUAGUGGUUGUAGAGGAACAAAUAUCCUGAAAUCUUGAAUGCCCUUUCGGCUUUCUCAUAAGAGAUUAAAUAGCACUGUUCGUGAUAGGGUUCGAUUGCCUUGGACUUUGGAAGGAGCAUUGAGGAUGGGUACGGUACAUGACCAGGUAGAUGGAAAAUGGACUCUAAAAGUAGAUUGAUGUUGUAAGCCUUUAAGCAUGUGUAGUAGAGGUAUCCAAACUGCAGCCCCAAAACCUAUUUCUUACCUGCUAGUUUGUCUUGUUUAAAAUUGUGUCCCGGGAGCUUGGGAAAGGGCUGUUCUUGGUGCUGUUGGCUCAUUGAUGGAUACAUCUUAAAUCAGCACAUCUUUCCACGUUAGCAACUGGAAUUUUAUUUAAAUUGACUUUAUACAUGGCUUCAGAUUCUAUGAUGAGCAACUGCUUACGCAAGCAGAGACUUUGAUACUCCUGGAAUAUCCCUGUGAACGACUUAAAUGGGAAGAGCGUUGAAUGUUUCACCAAGUGCAACCCAGUCUGUGAUGCAACACAGUGCUCACUCACUGUUGAAUGUCAACUCAAUAUCUUGUUUCUCUCCCUCCCCCAAGCAACAUUUAUUGUACUGGAGAGCUUCUACACCAAGUGCAGAUGGCCAAAUUUUUCAAUGACGACAAACAUUUUGUGGAUAUGAAGUUGAAGAUCAAUCCAGGUACAAUAUCUCACCGUUUUUUCUCAACCACUUUAAUGGCUUUGUUGAAGUAUAUUGCUCUGGAAGCAAAGUCAGAGUUUCGAAACAUCAGGAGUCGCCAUGAGUUUUAUAAUCCGUUCACAACAAUGUCGAUGAACUCAACAAGGGUUCCACUGAGGAACUUUGUUCAAACCUACUUUGAUUCUCCUGGACAGGAGUUUGGGAAAUGGACACCAGGCGACCGGGGUGAUCACCCCCAAAUCCUUCAGAAGAUUUCUGACCAGAAGCUGCGACUUUGGGCUACAGAACUGCAUGCUCUCUGGAAAUCCUUGGGGAGAAAAGGUAUCUUCAAGCAAAUUCACAAGCACAUUAAGCUGGAUGUGCAGUCACACCCAGAGCUAUAUUCUCAGAUUUAUGUCCCCAAGCCAUUGGUUGUACCUGGUGGUCGAUUCAGGGAAUUUUAUUACUGGGACUCGUAAUGGAUAAUAAAAGGAUUAUUGCUGUCUGAGAUUAGUGAAACCUCCAAAGGGAUGAUAGAAAAUUUUCUGCAUCUCAUCCAAAGGUAAAAUUUGAAUUCAUCCCAAAUGUAUUAUGAGCGUAGGAGUCAGCCACCCUUCCUGGUGCUAAUGAUGGAGAGUUACAUCAACGUCACAAAUGACAGGUUUUUCUUAAGGCAAAAUAUUGAUCUCCUGGACAAGGAGUAUGAUUUCUGGAUGAAGAAUUGAACCGUGCCUGUCACUGUAGGAGGCAAAACUUAUCUUUUGAAUCGGUAUAUUGUUGAAGCAGCUGGCCCCAAGCCAGAGUCCUAUAGCAAGGACGUAGAUUUGGCGUAGACAUUAUCCUCAGAUGCCCAAGAAGACCUGUGGAUGGAACUGAAAACAGGAGCAGAGUCAGGCUGGGAUUUCUCAUCACAUUGGUUCAUUGACUCUGGGGAGAAUAACAGAACAUUAAAGGACACAAAAACCAAGCACAUUCUCCCUGUCGACCUGAACUCUAUCCUCUGCAGGAAUGAGCGAAUCCUAGCAUUGUUCCACAGUAACUCUCACAAGGCUCAGUACUAUGAGGAUGCCUUGAAACGUCGUAUGGCUGCUGUACGUGACAUUUUCUAGGACAAAACGCAAGGAAUCUGGUUUGAUUACAACUUAAUAAAUAACUGCAGCAACACUGCUUUCUACGCUUCAAACCUGGCCCCCCUCUGGGCUGAGUGUUUUACUGAACAGGAGCCAGGGGAGAUGGCAGAGAUGGUGAUCUGUUACCUGGAGCAACUACUCUGGUACAGCAAUGGAAUUCCAACCUCUCUGGUGGCAAGUGGUCAGCAGUGGGACUAUCCCAAUGUCUGGCCACCCUUGCAGCAAAUCAUCAUUGCAGGUCUGGCAAAGUCUAACUCUGAGACAGGCCGGAGGAUUGCAUUCCAGCAAGCACAGAAAUGGAUCCAAUCAAACUGGGUUCUGUACGAGAAGUAUCAAGCCAUGUUUGAGAAAUGCGAAGUGAGUUGGGACAGUAAACCAGGUGGGGGAGGAGAGUAUUAUGUGCAGGUGGGAUUUGGAUGGACAAAUGGUGUGGCACUGCAGCUCCUGGACCAGUAUGGAGGCCAACCCACUUCAGGAGUCACUGGACAGACUUGUUUUGCAUUGCUCGCUGUGCUUCCAGUUGGUUUCCUGCUCUCUCAGUUCUGAUAAGCAAUGGUAACAUGGCCACAAAUUAGCAGCCUUCAAAUUCAGCUGCUAAUCAGCAGCAUCAUCCUCAACCACUGGCUGAUCAUGGAGGAGGAGUAGAGACUGA